AUGUCGAAGGUCAUCUUCACCAGUGUUUCAUAUCAUCUGUGUCGAUUUUCAACUCUGUUAAAGUACCGAAGAAGCCCCUCGAACAUGUCACAAAUAUCAGAGUACGUUGACCCCGAACUUUUGUUUGACUCAGCGAGGCAUUGUUGGGCAAAUUUCGAACACUUAAUUCAAAUCCUUCCGCGAGAUCACCAGCAUACCAUCACAGCACACGAUGCCCAGGGCCGCUUCAGUGUCUGGAGACAGGAUCUGGAGGGGUUACAAGACGAGCUACUUUGGAACUCGACAGAUGAACGGAAACAGGAUGCUCACAAUGCCAUUUACAAUGCCCUCCUAAAUCUUAACAGUGCCCUGAACGACGGUAUGGAAACUCCCUCUCCAAGGUGGCCGUUUCAGCUUCUAACUCCUGCCCUUCAUCUACCCACAUUAGUUGGAUCGAUAUUUUCCGAAGAGCAGCCGGGCAGUCAAGAAGAUGAUCUCAUGUCUCUGCUGGGAGAUGAAGAGCAAGCAGACCCAGAGAACGCAGAACUCGUUGCGUUUCUUUCCUCGCCAACAACUCGAAUUGAUGAACUUUUUUUCAGUAUUCGGUCUCAUAUAGACCGUUUGUUCAAGCUGGCCUCCUUGUUGCGACGCGAAAUUCAUCAUGAAAGCAGCAGUCUAGCUACAAUACCUGUUCCGGCACCAGGAGACGAUUUCAUCUAUGAUUAUCACAUGUGCCGCCUCCAAAGAAAAUAUCCGAAGCUAUCUCAACAGCCUCGGCUUUGCAAGACACUUGGACAGGCCCUUUUAUUCCGGCGCGCGUUAAUUCUUAGGAAGAGCAAAACGAAAGACCGACAUACGCCAGAAAUAAGCCCUCAACUGGAGCUGAGGAGCCUACCUACGUUGUUAUCAGGCAACGAGUCAAAGUCAAAAUCUCCAGCCCCGUCUAUGACCCCAAAGGAGAGCACGGCAAUCAACACAUCUGCAACCGAAAAGGAUGCAACUCCUACGUAUGAUACGGACACUGGGACCGAACGAGUUGUCUUCGAGGAAGACAAUGGUGGGCUGGAGGUAGCAGACUUGACCACAUUUGUCAUUGAUGGGAUCCCUCUUCAGUUCGGCAAACCUUUUCAGUGUCCGUUCUGUGGUGUCAUCAAAUCAAUUGGCACACGGUCCGAAUGGAGGUAUGUUGAUUGUUUGACAGCAGGCUUGCAGUCUUUUAUUUCUACGACUGGGUGCUAA